CCGCCCGCGAGGAGCGCCUUUCGUCUGCGCGCGCGCGCGUGCGCUACGGCGCAGGGAAACCCCACGUCCGCCGCGCGUGCAUCGCCGGUGACGUAUCAUGUACAGUGUGACGGCGCGACUCCGCCGAAGGUGGAAAACAAAGCGCAAGAAAGAAAACGGGUGCCCGGCUGCCAGGUGAGUCAGGAGACCGCGCGCGGCGACGCUCGUCCGGACGGCCGUCAAGUAUCCCAGCGUGCCUUUCAUCCGCGAGCCGCGAUUUCUGGCCAUUUUCUCAAAAGCCCGGGGCAUGACGACAUCACGGGUUCGACACCUGCGAAAGGAGCCGAAAGGCACGGAUUGAAACGAACUACACGCCUAUUUCCACAAUCGUUAUUUAUCUCCUACAUGUUUUCUUUCUUCCUCUAACUGCGUGCAUCGCCGUUCCGUAUCACAGUCCUACUCAGAACGGCAAUUAAGUUAUUUGUGCGGUCGGUUUUUGCGGUUAAACGCGCUUCCCGUUAAGAACAGCGGCUUAAUCGUUUAAGUUUAGCGGUAUUUGUAAUUAAACGCGCACCGCGCUUCGGAACGGGGACGAUUUAAGUUUAGCUGCGCGUGCGGGCGCUCCUUGUUGUCGGUCACCAUCGAAACGGGAGCGAUAAGCGUCAAAUUAAUCGCUUCUCUUCUUCGAAGCGCUUUUUGUUCGCCGAAUGGAAACCGAGAAGAGCGCUUCAGUUGGACAAAGGGACACCUGAGGACUUUACUGUGGUAAAAUUAGGGCGCGUUACCUCCAGCCGCGCGGAGUUCAGCGUCCCGCGUGUCACGCGCUAAAUUAGUCUGACGUCACUUCACCGGACCCGGGGUCCGUUUUUUGAGAAAUCACGCGACGUGAACGACCCCCAGCCCCGCGCCGCUCGCCUUCGGAAACCGGAAACUGCUGUCUGGAUAAGCGAGCGCUGAUGAAGUUGCCGCUGCGCGGAGCCUCGCGUGCCCAGGGCGCGAAGAGAGUGGCGGGAAGGUCAGCCUGAGCUCGAGACACUCCGCUGGACUGAGCGCGCGGGAGGAUGCCGGUUCGACGGGGGCACGUCGCGCCGCAAAACACUUUCCUCGACACGAUCAUCAGGAAAUUCGAAAGUCAAAGUAGGAAAUUCAUCAUAGCCAACACGCGGGUGGAGAACUGCGCCAUCAUCUUCUGUAACGAUGGCUUCUGUCACAUGUGCGGCUACACGAGGGCUGAAAUCAUGCAAAAGCCGUGCACCUGCAACUUCCUGUACGGCCCACACACCAAGAGGCUGGCCAUCGCGCAGAUGGCUCAGGCGCUGCUGGGGUCAGAAGAGAGGAAGGUGGAGAUAGCGCUCUACAGGAAGGACGGCGCUGUGUUUCUGUGUUUGGUGGACGUGGUUCCUGUGAAGAAUGAAGAUGGCGUGGUGAUCAUGUUUAUUCUGAAUUUCGAGGUCAUGCCGGACGACAAACUACACGACCCGCAGGAUCUCAAUCAUAAGCUGCCUGUGCUGUGGCGUCAUUCAAAUCGAGCCCGUGGCAUCCGCUUGCGUCUGCCGCUCCUGAACUCCAGGAAUAACAGCAAAUCUUCUCUUCGGGAGGAUCCGGAGGCCGGGCGAGGAACGGGUUUCCCCGGCGGCUCCCGUCCACAAAGCCACGAGUCCCUGGCUCUGGGCGAGCUGCUGUCCUUCCCCGAACACGAGCCGGCCUGUGUGACCGCCACGGCCUCUCCGUCCUCGCUGCUGCCCGAGGACCAGUGCAACCUCCUGAGCAGCGACCCCUCGUCUCCUCCUCCGGCCCCGCCGCACCCCGCCGCGCUGCCCCUGGGUCACUCCUCGCCCCGGCCGCAGCGGCUCAAUCCCGACGCCUCCGUGUCCAACUGCAGCCUGACCAACAGCCGCUCGCGGGAGAGCUUUCACAGCAUGCGCCGCGCUUCUUCAGUGGACGACAUCGAGGCCAUGCGGCCCGAGUGGGACCGGAAACACCGCGCUCGAGCCACCAGCAGCAGCACGGGUGCCAUGAACAACAAGUCCAACAUCCUGAACUCUACCUCUGAUUCGGAUCUGAUGCGUUACCGCGCCAUCAGUAAGAUCCCGCAGAUCACGCUCAACUUUGUGGACUUUAAACCGGACCCUCUCAUCGCUCUCCCGGCCGGAGAGAUGGACAUCAUCGCGCCGUGCAAACUCAUCGACCGCACGCACAACGUCACCGAGAAAGUCACUCAGGUGCUGUCGCUGGGCGCCGACGUCCUGCCGGAGUACAAGCUCCAGACGCCGCGCAUCCACAAGUGGACGGUGCUGCACUACAGCCCGUUCAAGGCGGUGUGGGACUGGCUGAUCCUGCUGCUGGUGAUCUACACGGCCAUCCUCACGCCGUACUCCGCCGCCUUCCUGCUCAACGGAGACGACGACGUCUCGGGCCAGAACUGCACCUACUCCUGCAGCCCGCUCAACGUGGUGGACCUCAUCGUGGACACCAUGUUCAUCAUCGACAUCAUCAUCAACUUCCGCACCACCUACGUCAACGCCAACGACGAGGUGGUCAGCCACCCGCUGCGCAUCGCCGUGCAUUACUUCAAAGGCUGGUUCCUCAUCGACAUGGUGGCGGCCAUUCCCUUCGACCUGCUCAUAGACCGCACCGACGAGGAGACGGGGACCGAGCCGACUCAGCAGACCACCCUGAUCGGGCUUCUCAAGACGGCGCGUCUUCUGCGUCUCGUCCGAGUGGCUCGUAAGCUGGACCGUUACUCGGAGUACGGAGCGGCCGUCCUCUUCCUGCUCAUGUGCACCUUCGCUCUGAUCGCUCACUGGCUGGCCUGUAUCUGGUACGCCAUCGGGGACGUGGAGCAGAACCGCUCCAUCGGCUGGCUGCACGCUCUCGGCGUGGAUCUGGGCAACCCACACAACAGCAGCAUCAGAGGAUCGGGACCCAGCAUCAAGGACAAGUACGUGACCGCUUUAUACUUCACCUUCAGCAGCCUGACCAGCGUGGGCUUCGGGAACGUUUCGCCCAACACCAACUCCGAGAAGAUCUUCUCCAUCUGCGUCAUGCUGAUCGGAUCGCUCAUGUACGCCAGCAUCUUCGGGAACGUGUCGGCCAUCAUCCAGCGGCUGUACUCCGGAACGGCUCGCUAUCACACCCAGAUGCUGCGGGUCAGAGAGUUCAUCCGCUUCCACCAGAUCCCCAACCCGCUGCGCCAGAGGCUGGAGGAGUACUUCCAGCACGCCUGGUCCUACACCAACGGCAUCGACAUGAACGCCGUGCUGAAGGGUUUCCCCGAGUGCCUGCAGGCCGAUAUCUGUCUGCAUCUGAACCGGACGCUCCUGCAGAACUGUAAAGCGUUCAAGGGCUCGAGUAAAGGCUGCCUGCGAGCGCUGGCCAUGAAGUUCAAGACCACUCACGCCCCGCCGGGAGACACGCUGGUGCACGCCGGAGACGUCCUGACCGCGCUCUACUUCAUCUCCCGCGGCUCCAUCGAGAUCUUACGGGGAGAUGUGGUGGUGGCUAUCUUAGGGAAGAAUGAUAUAUUCGGUGAGCCCAUCAACCUUUACGCGCGGCCCGGGAAAUCUAACGCAGACGUGAGGGCGCUGACGUACUGCGACCUUCACAAGAUCCACAGAGAAGACGUGCUGGAGGUGCUGGACAUGUACCCCGAGUUCUCCGACCACUUCUGGAGCAACCUGGAGAUCACCUUUAACCUCAGAGACACGAACAUGAUUCCCGGAUCUCCCAGCAGCGAUGAUUCGGACUGCGUCGGCUUCAACAAGCUACGGAGGAGAAAGCUUUCGUUCCGACGGCGGACGGAAAAAGACGGAUGUUUUGUUUCUGCAGAUGAUGCUGAUGCCGGAGAGAUCAAGAAGAAUCAGAAACCCGUCCGGAGGGGCAGAAAACAAGCGGCCAGCAACAAGAACAAACUCAAACCGGGGUGGGAGGGGCCUCACAACGCCGUCUCCUCCCACUCCAGCGGCGAUGAGGGGGAGGAGCCUGCGCACACAAGCCCCACCCCUCCCACCACGCUCAUGGAUGUGACCGAGGGGAAGGGCGAUCCCAAAACAGGAAACACGUGCAACGCCCUAUCAGGUGCAUUCUCAGGUGUGUCUAAUAUCUUCAGUUUUUGGGGGGACAGUCGAGGGAGGCAGUAUCAGGAGGUGCCCCGCUGUAAUCUCCCGUCACCCUCGCCUCAUCCCAGCACUCCCCUGCGCAGCAUCAGCCGGCAGCAGCGCAGCCAGAUGGAGAGCAGACUGGAGCUGCUGCAGAAACAGCUCAACAGGCUGGAGAGCCGCAUGUCGACGGACAUCGGUGCGAUCAUGCAGCUCUUGCAGAGGCAGAUGAUGCUGGUUCCUCCGUCCUACAGCAGCGUUUCCUCUCCGCUGCAGGCGUCCGUGUUCCCCGAGAUCCUCGUGCAGCCCGUCACUCCACUGGAGCCCAAAACACCGGCCUCUCUCUCACAGUCCUGUGAGUUUCUCAGCAGCUCGGCGGAGCUCCACGCAGCGGUCAGCCCCGCUCCUCGACCCGGGUUCUCCGGCCUCGGGGCCCGCCUGGAGCCGGAGCCGGACCCCGACAUCCAGCGGCGCUUCUCCCUGCAGGAGCCGCACACGUCGCUGAGCUCCCAGACCCCACAGAAACACGGCUCGGACCCCGGGAGCUAGAGAGGCCCCCGCCGGACCGGACCGGAACCCGUCUUAUACUGCUGUCGUCCGCUGUCGGAUCUCCCCAAAACGAAUAAGGAUGAUUCUUGCUCAUUUCAAGUAGCCAUUAAGUCUUGCACUGAAUUUUUUCCAGACUCUCUCGACCUUUAUCUUCACGUCUGCGGCGCUUCCAAAACUGACUGAACUCGUUAGUGUUAGCUGGCCUAACAGAAGAAAACCCUUCUAAUAAUAAUAAUAACCCGAUGUGUUCUGUGUGUCUGUCCUGUCGUUGGAGGAGGCGGAGCCUGAGGCCCCGCCCACGCACACUGGAUUGGCUGGAUGAGGUGAUUGGCGGGUGUUUAAAGCUAUGCCGUUACCGAUGAAGCAUAUCACGUGUUGUGACACUGGAUGAACAAUAUGCAAAGAGUUGAUCGCGCUUGGCUUCCGUUCGUUCCUU